GGCCAUCUAAAAACGCCACGUAUUAAUCGCGGAGAGACACGGAGGAAGUCCGAAACUCAAAGUCUCUGAAAUUAUUAAACUUUUAUCAGGCUUCAAGGCAAUUACUGUCUUGCGCUUUUCAUUUCUGGCUUCUGACCAUAGUAUUUAUUCGUAUAUUUUAUUGUUAUCAAGAAUUGUUUUUAUUGUACGUCGCGUGUAGAAACAGAGAAAGAGCUAGAGAAAAUAGAUGGCUGUACAUGAUUUUCUCAUCAAGCUUCUUUUGAUUGGUGACAGCGGUGUGGGCAAGAGUUGUUUGCUUCUGCGGUUUUCUGAUGGUUCUUUCACAACUAGUUUUAUUACCACUAUUGGCAUUGAUUUUAAGAUAAGAACCAUUGAACUUGAUGGCAAACGGAUUAAAUUGCAAAUCUGGGAUACAGCUGGUCAAGAGCGGUUUCGAACCAUCACAACAGCUUACUACCGUGGAGCCAUGGGGAUUCUGCUGGUGUAUGAUGUUACUGAUGAAGCAUCUUUCAAUAAUAUAAGGAACUGGAUUCGCAAUAUUGAACAACAUGCUUCUGAUAAUGUCAAUAAGAUACUGGUUGGGAACAAGGCUGACAUGGAUGAAAGCAAAAGGGCUGUGCCUACGUCCAAGGGUCAAGCUCUUGCUGACGAGUAUGGCAUCAAGUUCUUUGAAACUAGUGCAAAGACUAAUUUGAAUGUGGAGGAGGUAUUCUUUUCAAUUGCAAAGGAUAUAAAGCAAAGGCUUGCAGAAUCUUAUUCCAAGGCUGAGCCUCAGACAAUUAAAAUAAGCCAAUCUGAUUGGGCGGCAAGUGGUGGUGAAGCUGCUUCAAAGUCAUCUUGCUGUGGUUCAUAAAGGGAACCAAAAUAUAUGCCUUGUGGGGGAAGAUUAAGCCUGUGGUAGCCAUUGCAGGGUGGAACUAAUUGUGAUGACUCUGUGGUUGGUGCAUGUGUUUAUUUAUCCCUCUGCCAUUUUUUUUUUCAGUUACUAGCAUUUGUAUGUUAAAGGUAGUGCUUUUUCCCAAUUAGUCUGUGGAAUUUACAAUAUGACAGUCUUUCUUCCCUUUGUUUUCCUCAUCAUUUCCAUUUCGAAUGUUAAGGUUAUUGACACUUUUGUGUAUUACUUGUUUGUGUAGAUAGAUAAUGAAAACCUGGCUCAUUUCUCUUC